AUGGCUACCCUCCAGAAUUCAAUCAAUGGCGUAGACUCGUCCGUCGCCGUCAUAAUACCCUCGAAACCGAAGCCAUUAACGGUAACGUACAAAGACCUCAUAACCGAAUGCUCUUCCUUCCAACGUAAGCUCGCCGCUAUCGGAAUCACCAACCGUUCUCCGGUAUCGAUAGCGACGGUGAACUCAUAUGAGUUUAUCGUCUCGUUCCUUGCCACCUCAUGGCAGCGCGGUAUCGCCGCCCCUUUAAACCCGGCUUAUAAGCAGACCGAGUUCGAGUUUUAUAUCGAAGACAUUAAGUCCGCCAUCGUGCUAGUACCCAAGGGCGCAUACGAAGCCAAUGCGCCCUCUGUCAAGGCUGCGCGCAAGUUCGAUGCUGCUAUCGCUGAGUGCUACUGGGACAAUGUGAAGAAUGAGGUAGCUUUAGAUGUUAAAGAUCUCGGCCAGUUGAAGGGGAAGGCCAAGGAGAACGUGUUGCGGUCACAACCAGAUGAUGUCGCAUUGGUCUUACAUACAAGUGGCACAACGUCGAGGCCCAAAGUUGUUCCCUUGACGCAUCGCAACUUGACACGAACAAUGAAGAAUAUUCAGUCGACGUAUCAGCUUACUGCGCAAGAUCGGACUAUGCUGGUUAUGCCGCUCUUCCAUGUUCACGGCCUUCUCUGUGCUCUUCUAGCUCCUCUUUACUCUGGGGGCUCCAUGAUUGUGCCAACUAAAUUCUCGGCUUCGGACUUCUGGCAAGAUUUCGCUACCUACGGGGCGAACUGGUAUACUGCCGUACCGACGAUACAUCAGAUCCUCCUUAAGAAUCCUGCUCCGAGUCCUUUGCCUAAGAUUCGCUUCAUCCGGUCUUGCUCCUCGCCCCUAUCUCCAACAGUGUUUCAUCAGCUGGAAGAGAAGUUCAAGGCGCCUGUCCUGGAAGCGUAUGCCAUGACAGAAGCUGCACACCAAAUGACAUCUAACCCCUUACCUCCGGCGAAGCGAAAGCCUGGUACGGUGGGGCUGGGCCAGGGUGUAGAAGUUAAAAUUCUCAACGACGCUGGCGAUGAGGGCGAGAACGUGACUAAAGGCUAUCUGAAUAAUCCAACUGCUAACGCAACAGCAUUCGCCAAAGGCGGCUUUUUCCGUACCGGGGACCAAGGCAAGAAGGACGAGGACGGCUACAUCAUCAUCACUGGCCGUAUCAAGGAGCUUAUCAACAAAGGCGGUGAAAAGAUUAGCCCAAUCGAAUUGGAUAAUGUGCUAACGAGACACCCGUCUGUCUCGGAGGCAGUAAGCUUUGCCAUCCCUGAUGAGCUGUACGGCCAGGAUAUCGGUGUUGCAAUUGUACUCAAGACCGGGGCCAAGCUUGAACAGGACGAAUUGAGAGGCUGGGUUAACGAGAAGUUGGCCAAGUUCAAGGUGCCCAAGAAGAUCUACUUUACCGAGGUCAUGCCUAAGACAGCAACAGGGAAGAUCCAGAGACGCAUCGUGGCUGAGACAAUGCAGAAGCAGGAAUCUCCCAAAGCGAAGCUAUAA